UAGCAGAGGCAGAGAGAGGAUCACACACAGCCGAGUGUGAGAGGUUGGGGAUCCUUCACUGGUUUUUUUCUUCACUUGCAUGAACACAACCGUAGAGCCCCCCAGGAUCUAAAGAUGUGGACGGAAGUCGGAAAGCUUGUGCUAUUACAUUUGUUACUUAUGGAGCUCCAUCGCGCUAAAGGAACUCAUACGGAGUCGGAGUGUGAAACUGGGCAGUUUCAGUGCAAGAACGGACGGUGCAUCCCGACCCUGUGGAGAUGUGAUGAUGAUGAUGAUUGCUCAGACAGCAGCGACGAGGAGAACUGUCCAAAGAAGACAUGUGCGACCACAGACUUCGCCUGUAAGAAUGGACAGUGUGUUCCUGCUAGGUGGCGCUGCGAUGGAGAACCGGAGUGUGCAGACGGUUCAGACGAGGCUGAUGCAAUCUGCAGCCGACAGACCUGUCCGCCGGAGAAGUUUGAUUGCGGUGGGGCUGCCAGCAAAUGUGUUUCGUUGUCAUGGCGAUGCGAUGGAGAGAGGGACUGUGAGAACGGAGCAGAUGAGGAGCAGUGCGCUGCAGAUGCCAAGGCUUGCCCCGCCAAAGAUUUCCAGUGCCGUAACGGGAAGUGUGUGGCACCUAUCUUUGUGUGUGAUGCCGACGACGACUGUGGGGAUGCCAGCGACGAGGAGAAGUGCACGGCUCCCACCUGCGGCCAGCACGAGUUCCGCUGCAAUGACUCUGAGUGCAUCCCCGCCCUGUGGAGUUGCGACGGCGACCCAGACUGCAAGGACAAGUCAGACGAGUCCAUGGAGCGCUGCAGCCGGAGGACGGAGCCCCAGAAACCUCGCUGCCCAGUGGGCGAGUUCCAGUGUGGGAGCGGGGAGUGUGUCCACAUGAACUGGAAGUGCGAUGGAGAUGCAGAUUGCAAGGAUAAAUCAGAUGAAGCAAACUGUUCCCUGUUUACUUGUCGACCUGAUGAGUUCCAGUGUGGCGAUGGAUCCUGUAUCCAUGGCACCAAACAGUGCAAUAAAGUUCACGACUGUCCAGACUACAGUGAUGAAGCUGGCUGUGUCAACGUUACCAAGUGUGACGGGCCAAAAAAGUUCCGCUGCAAGAACGGGGAGUGUAUUGACAGCGGCAAGGUGUGUGAUAAUGUGAAAGACUGCAAGGACUGGUCUGAUGAACCCAUGAAGGAGUGUGGCCUGAAUGAGUGUGCAGACAACAAUGGUGGCUGUUCCCACAUCUGCAGGGACCGAAGAAUUGGUUAUGAGUGUGACUGUCCCUCUGGGUACAAACUCCUGGACAAAAAGACUUGUGGAGACAUAGAUGAAUGUGAGAACCCAGAUGCCUGCAGUCAGAUCUGCAUCAACUACAAAGGAGAUUAUAAGUGUGAAUGCUACGAAGGCUAUGAGAUGGACCCUGCCUCUAAGACCUGCAAGGCCGUGGGAAAGAGUCCAUACCUGAUGUUCACCAACCGCCAUGAGAUCCGUCGCAUCGACCUGCUGAAGAGUGAAUACGCACAGGUGGUUCCCACGCUGAAGAAUGCAGUGGCCCUAGAUGUAGACGUAUCCACCAACAAGAUGUUCUGGUGUGAUCUAUAUCAUCGUAAAAUAUACAGUGCUUACAUCAACAAGGCCAGUGACUCGGCGCAGCAGGUGACUCUCAUUGACUCGCUCCACUCCCCCGAGGGCCUGGCCGUCGACUGGGUUCACAAGAACAUUUACUGGACCGACUCGGGCAACAAGAGCAUCUCAGUCGCCACGGGAGACGGCAGGAAGAGAAAAGUGCUGAUAGCCACUGAGCUGAGUGAGCCGCGGGCCAUCGCAGUUGAUCCACACCAAGGGUUUAUGUACUGGUCAGACUGGGGAGGUCAGGCCAAAAUAGAGAAGUCUGGAUUGAAUGGAGUGGACCGGCAAGUUCUGGUGUCUGAACACAUCGAGUGGCCCAACGGAAUCACGCUGGACUUGCUAACAGGUCUCUACUGGGUGGACUCCAAGCUGCACCUCCUGUCCAGUGUGGAUCUGAAUGGAGACAACCGCAAAGUUCUGCUGUCCUCCCUUCACCACCUGGGACACCCCUUCGCCCUCACUGUGUUCGAGGAUCGCAUAUAUUGGACAGAUUUGGAGGAUGAAGCAAUAUACAGUGUCAACCGACUGACGGGACACGAUGUGACAAAGGUGGCAGAGCACCUCAACAACCCCCUGGACCUGGUGGUGUUUCAUGAACAGAGGCAGCCCAAAGCCCCCGAUACCUGUAACAUGGGUAGUCUGCCCAACGGCGGGUGUGAGUACCUCUGUCUUAAGGCCCCCCAGAUUACAGACCACUCUCCCAAGUACACCUGUGCCUGCCCUGAUGGCAUGGAGCUGGGACCAGACAUGAGGCGCUGUGCUGUAGCUGCGAGUGAUCACUACCUCAUAGGUAACAACAUCACAGUAGCUGUUCUGGGGAUAGUCAUUCCUAUUGUGGUCAUCGGAUUACUCUGCACUGGCGGAUACCUGGUUUGGCGCAACUGGCGGCGCAAGAACACCAAGAGCAUGAACUUCGACAACCCAGUGUACCGCAAAACCACGGAGGAUGACGACGACGAAAUUCACAUCGGGCGACACAGCGAGUCCAUCGGCCACGUGUACCCAGCACGCGUGGCACUGAGUCUGGAGGAUGAUGGCUAUCCCUGAGGGGGGGGAUACAUCCUGCCCCCCCUCCCAAUUCCAUCCUGGCCCCUCCUCUCACCACAGCCUCUACACCACUACAAUGAGGCCAGUACAACGCAGACAAGAAAGAGAAGGAGUCCUCAUUUUGCCUCCACUUUUAAGGAGCAGGGAUGACAUGUACAUCUUGUAUAUCCCCCUUCCUCUCCUCCUUUCUCCACUGGAGUAACAUUACUACCACUACUAGCCACUACUACUUCCCUUAGUGCUAGUUUGUCUGUAGUCUCUGCUUUACUCCUCUCUUCUCUCUGCCUCUUGUUAGCUGUAGUGGUGUGUAAAAUGCUGCUUGAUGAUUUUGUUCAAACUAACCUCAUUUGGCCGUCUCAGUGCACAUUGUAAAUAGAAGGCUGUCUGGCCACCGUACAAGGCGAAAAGCUGGCAUGCAUUAUUUUUAAUUGAUAUUAUGACAAUUUAUUUAUUUGUAUGUGUUUGCUGUUGUAAAUAUGUAAUCAGCAUCUCUAAAGGCAGAUUUGUUCAAGUCUGCAAGGAUAUACAGUUCUAGGCAAGGACAUAGUUCCCUUUACAUCUUGAGUAGAUGUCAUCCUUUCUCUCACCCAGCCUCUCAGAUUUGCCCCUUGACAUGCUAUAUGUAGGCAGUCAAUGCUAAAUAUAGCCAAGGGGAAAGGAGACAGAAAAAUAUGAUGGGGUUGUCUGCAUCUUUGGAGGUGAUUUUGGGGUGAAAUAGUAAGGCAGGGUGCUUUUUUUGAGGGGAAUAGCACGAUUUGUGCCACCAGAGGGUAGUGCCUCAAGGCAAAAAGCAUCAGGGUAGAAAAAGCAAAGGAUUAUGGGUAAUCCUCUCAACGGUGUGCCUACAGUCGAUAAUGAACUUGGGAUUGUUUGUUCAUUUGCGCUGGGUGUUAGGACUCACACGUUGUUUGUCUUUGUGUCUGCUGCAUUAAUAUUUUGGAGAUAAAUCUUCAUAUUCAGAUAGCAGAGUGUUAUAAAACACCUUCUUGUAACUGUUUUGAGAUAUGAAAAUGGUUUUCAACUGCUGCCAAACACAGAUAAUAGUGGCUGAACUUGAGCACACAAUAAACAUCAAUCCCAGUGUGUCAGUGGCUUCACAGCACUGCUUGUGGUUGUUUUUAGCUUGACAACUUCUCCGUCUUUAGUCCCCACUUUUUAACAAAGUGUUUUCUUGAUGCAAAACUGCAAAAAAUGAGCCCUCAUUUGGAAUGACUUUCUGCUGUCACUGACUGCAGAGCGUGUUAGUGGCCCUGUUUUGUAUGGGCAGAUGAGUAAUACGCCGAGGCUGACUGAGCCGAGCACUGAUUUGAUUUGAAAGCUGGAUAGAGAAGAAGCGUGUAAACCAGCGUAAAGAGCUGAUCUUCCAUUGGCUUGCCACAGACAUGCUUCCAGUCCAUUGAAUCAGAUGGAAUUCAUGCUCAGUGACUAUUGCAAUAAUUGCUUACAAUGUGUUGUAAUAGUGAAUUUCUAGAAGCUGUCAUCACAAGUUAACGUGAUAGCUGUUACAAGUAGUUAUGGCAAAUUAUUCCUACUCUGGACAUCAUUUAGUCCCAGUAAAGGGCCUUUUGAAGGUGUUAAGCAUACUUAUAAUGCAUUAUAAGAUAUAUAAGGUGUUUUACAUUGUCCAAACUAUACAUACAACACUGGUCUUCCAUUGAAUAACAAAUUUGAACAAUGUUGCUUUUGUCCGUCACAUCCUCGGAUGUUUAAUAAACCUUAAAUAUAUGACUGAAUAACAAGAAAAAAAGAAUUCAAGAAGUCUUCCAAUAGUGGCUCCGUACAGGCUCAGCAUAUGUAUUCAUCUAACUAUAAAGACAGUAUGUGCGUACAAACUAACAGUUGAUUAAUGGUAGUUAUUAUUCAUGGUUCUCACUGUUUCCUGGAAAAGUUUUCUCAGUAUAGAUGCUCGGCUAACCACGGGGGAGGAAGAAAGAACCACAAAGACAAAGGUAGGCAGGAAAUGUCUGCCAGGAUUUACACUAAACUGUAUGCAAACAGGUUUAUGCUCGGAAGAUGAAUAGUGGGCCAUUUAUUUUGCUGGAUUUCUGCUGAUGUUGUGUUGAAGUGUUCUGACACUCACUCCGCUCACCUCCCUCAAAUGGAUGGCACUCUCAGUUUAUGGUGCACAGUGGGGGAUUUGUAUGAACUGUAUGUGACAAGUGGCAUGCCAGACAAGUAAAUUGUAGUCCUCUCCAGCACUGCACUCCCCUACGUCUAUCUAACGAAGGAGGAUCGAACACAAGGGGGAGGCCAUCUCCCUUAAUCUUAACUUUGUACCAAUGAAGUAAAAUAAAAUGCAUUACAUGGUGGGGAAGAGUGUAUCUCAGCUCAGCGUGAUCCUGGACUGGCUUGGUGGCUUCCUGCAGUGUUUUUUUGGUAGAAUUUAGGAUUGACCUGUAUGAAACAGGUACAUUGACACAGCUGACAACUGUUAUGAAUUCUUACAGUUUCAUACUUUUUCAUAAAAAAUGUAUAUCUAAGUCCUAAAGGAAAGAUGAGGAUGUUGUAAGAUGCCAAGAAAGAUGUCACAAGUCAGAUAUCUUUAUGAAUUUAAGAUUAAAUAAAUCCAAAAACCCACUGCUGGAUUGAACCCUGGGCUCAGCCAUCUCUGCACUCCUUGUAGUUUUCUUUAUGUCCGUGUUUGCUGCAGGUCUAAUGGAGUUCCAUACUGAGGGUUUGCAGUUAGGAGUAUAAAUUGCUUAUUUAUUGAGGUGACUGAGCGUGGCGUUGUAGAAAACUUAUUAUUGCUACAGUGUGAAGACAGAUUGGUUGGUCCACUUUGUGGCCACCUUGAGGGCAGCCGUCUCCACUGAAGGACACUGAAAAAGUCCAGAAAGGAGCUUUAGUCAUUCAUCAUAUAGUAGGUAGUAAUUGUAGUGGUUGUAGAGGACAUGCUUUGACAGUAUGCUUCCUGGGCAUUCUUGGUUCAUAUUUUCAGGAAUCAUUUAGGAGCUAAUUGAUGCUCUGAUGGCAGCAUAAUCAUAGUUUUACUAUCAGUCAGCUCCAUAAACACCAGGCUGCAGUUUCAAGGAUCAAGUUGUGCACUCUUCCUCAUGCUGAAGAGGUCGAAGAAUAAUUAAUUGUGUGUUUAUGUACAUAUAUGUUCAGUGAUUCAGUUAUUGUUGUAGAGGUACGUUUGUUUCUCACUCCAGGUCAGUUUUUUGUUAUUUACUUGAAGUCUUUAAGUGUUAACUCAGUAGUUGCUGCAUUGUUGCAUGUGCAACAUAAUAUCUUGCACAAACAUAUUUAACAUUAAACCAAAAUGUACUAGUAGAUUGGGAACCGGUUGCACCAGCUAUUUGUAAGUUUACACACCACUAUAUUAAAACAGGAUGUAAACCCAAACAAUUGUUGAGGUAAUGAGAUUUGGUUGAGAGGUCUAAUUGGCACUAGAUCAAAAUGCUGUUUAAUGAUGUGCAGUAAACUUGGAAGUUUUUAAAUUACAUUUCACAACAAAAUAACACAAUAUACAUUACUUAGUAUAAUGUCAACUUAGUGUAAUUAGAUAUUUCCAUUUUUUAUAAAUUGUAUGAAUACUGCUGACUCUGAAAGACAUAUUUCUACAUAUUUAAAAAUACCAAAGUUACUUAAGUCUUUACUUGUUAAGAAACUCUUCAUGUUUUAAUGGUGAAACCCAAUUUAGUCAAUCAAUAAUCACACGGCAGCAGCUAGUUGUUCGUAUAAAACUUUGGAAGGACUUUACACACAGACUUUACAAACAGCUGGUGCAACACAAUCAUGGUUCUCGAGCAAAACAUACACUUUGGAUACAUAUUCACAUGCUCAAUAAAAUUCCUGUGUUGUGUAGGCCUAGCAGUUUACUAUCACAAUAGGUCAAACUAACGUAUGUCAAAACAUCCAUGACAAGGUUGUCUGGUUUAUUUUAUUAGAAAGAUGUUAAAUUAGUAGCUCAUCUUAGCAAAUUCUAACAGCCAUGAUAACCCAUAAUCCAAUCUAAUUGUAUGCUAUAACGUUCCUGAUUUGGUCUCCCUGUUUUUAACUGUCCUGUCGCUCGCCCUUCCCUUCCUUUCUGCACUCUUCUAAUGGUUGUCUCCAGUCUCACCCAUGCUGCUUUAAACAGGAUGCACUGACUGCUUUCUAACAUCACUCACAUCUCUCCACCACUUCACUUUCUCAAGCACUGUAUCAAAAGCAAUGCAGCUGUGAGGCUUAAAGUCUUUCUGUGGUUGUUACACUACUUAAUCUUAGUUUAAAGAGCAAAGUCAGCAUUGCUGUCUCUGUGCACUCUCAUUCUCUCACCCUCCCAUCUUCAUCUUAGCCAUCGACAUCUUUCCUUUGGCAAGGGCUAUCAGUCUUUGGGUAGACAGACACACACACACACUGGACGAAUGGGGGAAAAAAACACUGGAGGAAAUAACCUGGAAUCAUACAAGUAAUAAGGAAACCCCCAGAGCUGUAAAAGAGCCCUCCUGAUCGUGAAUCAGCGAACAGGCAUACAAGCACGCUCAGCCAGGAGAAGCAGCCCCCCCACCACCAACUCCCCAAACCAGCUACAGUUUUGGACUGUGGAAGGAGCCCUCACUGACUCUACUUGGCUAGCAAUUAGCUCUUCUUGACCCAGUGACUUUCCUUCACUAACUGGUUCCUCUUCUUAUCGUGUGUUUUUUGGACUGUUAGUCUGUGAGUUGUAGUUGUUGCUCUCUCUCUCUCUCCUCAUCAUACCGUUCUCAGUUUCAUAUUUGAUCUUCUUGACAUUUGAUUACUUGAAGGGCAGUGUUCAGUCGCCUACAUUUUUCUACCAGUCAGUGUAAAAUGAAGGUUGGGGGAAUAAGACAGCAAUGGGGAAGUUGUGAAGUAUGUGUGUGUAAAUCUUUUUUCAUGGGUUGGGAUGAUGAUAUACACUGGCAAUAUUUUGAUAAAUAACAAUAGAUUUGGACAUUUUCCUUCAACGGCGAUUGAGGUAGGAGAAAGUCACUGCAAAUGUAAGAAACUAUUGGCUCUAAUUUUUUGCAAAACUGUCUACCUGCAUUUUCUCCAAAUGUUGCUGAUGUGUCAUUGCCUGCAAGGAAAUCUCAAAAACCAUCCAGGGCUCUGUCCAUUCCACAGCCAUACGACAGGCAUUUUUUUACGCUGUUUGUUGCACAAAACUUUUCAAGAAGCCUUCUGCACUGUGUAAAGAGAUAACGUUCUUAGGAGGGGAGGAAAUAAAAAAUGGGGGGGUCCAAUGGUACAGUCCAAUGGUUUUGAAUCGUGACUUGUAAAUACGUUUUCAUACAGCAAAAACUUUUUGAUAAUGUUUUAAAUGUAUCUGUAAAAAAAGAUGUACAUAAACCUCUGGGGUGAAAAGGAGUGUAGACUAUAUAUGAAUUUAUUUGUACACAAGAGCACUGGAUUUAUUUACUACUUGAUUGUAACUAAAAAUUAAUAAUCUGCCAAAGUGUUUUUAUUUUAAUUUUUCUCCUGUCUGUUCCGUUUGUUUUUGUUUUGCUUUUUAACAGCAUUGCAGAUUUUUAGUGUUCAUACUGUAUUUAAUUCUGUUGAAUAGAUUUUGUUGUGUGUUUAAAAAAAAAAGAGGGGUUAUCAUUUUAAUUUAUUGGUGCCUUGUUUUGUGCUCCUGUAUACUUUUACUCUUUCUGUUUUUCUGUGUUAUGUGUCUGCGGGAGGGCAUGGGGGGGUUAACUGGCGGGUUGGUGAGGGAUGGGGUGGGGGGAGUUAAACACUUAGCAACUUCUGUACUUACAUGGAAUAUCUGUACUGUAUGCCAAAAUGGUCUCACUCACGUUUCUAUGAAAUCAAGCUGUUGAUAAAUAUCUCUAUAUAUUGAUAUAUUAAAUUUAUAAAAACUG